AUGGGUGAUAAGGGUGAUAAGGGUGAUAAGGGCGAUAAGAGCGAUAAGAGCGAUAAGAGCGAUAAGGGCGAUAAGGGCGAUAAGGGCGAUGAGGGCAAUAAGGGCGAUAAGGGCAAUAAGGGCGAUAAGGGUGAUGUACAAGAAACAGAUCAAGAUGAAGGAAGCAAAGAUGUUGAAACAUUUGUGUCGGAAUAUAAAUUAUUUCCAACUGGGGAAUGUCCAUUUGCAGCUCAUGUAGUACUAAACAUACCACUCCCAGAACCCCCCGAACCACCCCCCCAACCCAUAUAUUAUAUUAAAUCUGACAAACUAUCAGCCGACGUUGAUAUUCGAACUCUAUCUCCUCUGAAAAUGUACUUUGAUGAAGAUCCCAACUAUAGACCUCCAUGUAGUUCUCGACCUGAAUCUGAAUAUGAAUUUGAGUUACGACAUGGAUCUCCUGAUAGGGAUGAGUCUAUGAAAUCCACUGAGCCAGGACCUGAAUCUCAACCUGAAUCUCAAUCUCCAUAUCAACCUCAAUCUCAACAUCAACCUCAACAUCCAUAUCCACCUCAAUAUCUAUCUCAAUACCCAUCUCCAUAUCAACUUCAACAUCCAUAUCCACCCCAAGAUCAACCUCAACAUCCAUAUCCACCUCAAAAACAACCUCAACAUCCAUAUCCUCAAAAACAACCUCAACAUCCAUAUUCACCUCAAAAACAACCUCAACAUCCAUAUCCACCUCAACAACAACCUCAACAUCCAUAUUCACCUCAACAACAAUCUCAACAUCCAUAUCCACCUCAAAAACAACCUCAACAUCCAUAUUCACCUCAAAAACAACCUCAACAUCCAUAUCCACCUCAACAACAACCUCAACAUCCAUAUUCACCUCAACAACAACCUCAACACCAAUUUCAACAUCAACCUCAAUCUUCAUAUCCACCUUCAUAUCCACCUGCAUCUCCAAGUAAUGUUCAGCCUGGUACGCCCUCUAAUCCUCCGGAGUACAUUAGGCUUCCACCAGGGCCACCUAUGGAAAGAACAGAUUCAGUACCACAAGAUCCAUCAGUGGGUAUUCCAGGAAGGCCCAAAAAGUUUCAAGAAUAUUCUCCUGCAAAAAUGGAAGCACCUCCAGGCACUAGUGGAGAAGGUACAGGAGGAAGUCAAUUAGGAAGAGGAGCUACGCGAGGCAGACGUGUAUUAGCCUCAGAAUUAGUCACAAGACCAGAACAUUUAGUUAGCAAAAGAGGCAUAUCUGGAACUGAAAUACUGAUGCAGACGAAUUAUUUUAAGUUGGUGACAACAACUGAUUGGGAUUUAUACCAAUACAAAGUUGAAUUUUUUCCAAACGAUGAACGAACUGCUAUCCGUAAAGGAUUGGUCAAAUCUCAUAAGGAUACUUUAGGACCAUAUGUUUUCGAUGGAAAUCUUCUAUAUAGCAUUAAACGUAUAGAACAACUGGAGAUUUGGUCUAAGCGAAUAUCGGAUGGAACCGAUAUUAAAAUUGUUUUGCGCUAUGUUGGAGAUAUGCAGAAGGGCGACUACGGUUAUCUUCAAUUCUUUAAUAUAAUUAUGCGAAGAUGCCUAGAACUAUUGAAACUCCAGAUUGUGGGGCGCGAUUACUACGACGCAAAUGACAAAAUAGACGUACAGGGUCAAAGAAUGGAACUUUGGCCUGGCUAUCUUACGUCUAUAAGACAACACGAAAACGAUAUUCUUAUGUGUGCUGAGAUUACACAUAAAGUUAUGCGUCAGCAAACUGUACUAGAUAUAUUAAACGACUGUUUCCGUAAAAACAAUGAUAAUUAUAAGAAAGAAUUUGAAAGCCUAGUUCUUGGUUUAGUCGUACUUACUGAUUACAAUAACCACACAUAUCGUAUAUCGGAUAUAGAUUAUAAGGUAGGUCCUGAUUCAACAUUUCUGCUGAAAAAUGGUGAUCCGAUAACGUAUAGAGAUUAUUACAAAAGUAAAUAUCGAAUUACGAUUCGUGAAAAGCGUCAACCACUGCUUGUAACAAGAGCAAGACCAAGAGAUCGUCGCUCUGGCAAAUGUGAACUAAUAUAUCUUGUUCCUGAAUUAUGCCGUGCAACAGGUUUAACCGAUAAGAUGAGAGAAAAUUUCGGUUUAAUGCGUUCAUUGGCAGAUUUUACACGCGUAAGUCCAGAUGCACGUAUGACCAAAUUAAUGGAAUUCAAUAAGAGACUCCUCUCGGAACCGGCAAUCAAAACCGAGCUAGAUCAAUGGAAUUUGAAACUUUCUAACCGGUUGCUUGAUAUACCGGCGCGUGUUUUGGAUGCAGAAUUAAUUUAUCUAGGUAAUAAUAGCUCAGUUACAGCGGGCAAAGGAGGAGAUUGGACAAGACAAUUACAUAGACAAUCGUUAUUCAAUCCAAAGAAAUUAAGACUUUGGGCGGUUAUCUACGCGCAUAAAAUAAAGGACGACGUUCAAAAUUUUGUUCAUUUGAUUAAAAAUGCUGCUUCGGGAAUGGGUUCCAGUAUAAGUCAACCAAAGUAUUACGAAAUAACUGAUGAACGCUCUAGUGCUUACCCCGACUUUUUGGAAAAUAUUCUGGGCAGACUUAAACCAGAGUUAGUCCUCUGUGUUGUACCGAAUAAUAGAAGCGACCGCUAUAGCGCUAUUAAGAAAAAGUGUAUUGUAGAUCGACAUACUCCCUCGCAAGUAUUCCUUGAAAAGAAUCUUACAAACAAGAAUGUAAGAACAAUAGCUACGAAAGUAGCUAUUCAAAUGAAUUGCAAAUUGGGUGGUUCUCCUUGGUCUAUUGAGCUCCCAGAUAUCGAUUUGAUGGUGGUCGGUUUUGACGUGUGUCACGAUACUAGUAACAAAACUCGUGAUUAUGGUGCGAUGGUGGCUUCGUUAGAUAAAGGUUUGACACGGUAUUAUAGCGUGACAAGUGCUCAUAAUGUAGGCCAAGAACUUUCAAAUAAGUUCGCGACAAAUCUCGAUAGCGCAUUGAAGGCUUAUAGAAGAACGAAUUGUAAAUUCCCAUCAUUUAUUGUGUUUUAUCGUGAUGGCGUUGGCGAGGGCCAAGUGCCGUACGUAAUGGGUCAUGAAAUAGCACAAAUACGAGACAAAUUAAAAGCUAUACACGCUGAAUCGGGUCUAUCUGUGAAAUUUGCCUUCCUGAUAGUGACGAAACGAAUUAACACUCGAAUCUUUAACGAGAAGAAAAAUCCACCCCCGGGUACAGUCAUUGAUGAUGUUGUAACUAAUCCGUUAAGAUAUGACUUUUUCAUUGUAUCUCAAAACGUGCGACAAGGUACGGUGACACCGUGUGCAUAUCAUGUGGUUGCAGACACCACAGGUUGGUUGCCUGAUCAAAUGCAAAGAUUGACAUAUAAGUUAUGUCAUAUGUAUUAUAAUUGGUCUGGUACCGUAAGGGUACCUGCACCUUGUCAAUAUGCUCACAAACUUGCCUUCUUGGUGGCUCAGUUCUUACGUCAGGAUCCUAGUCAUCACAUGGAAGAAAUAUUGUACUAUUUGUAAAUUUUUACCAGUAUACAGUAUUAUACCAUUCUCUUAAUGUACAAACUAAGAUACAUGAAUUACACUAUAAGACUUAUCGUAUACGUAAAGUAACAGUAAAAUUAUGUUUUUAAAAACUUUCCUAUUGUGACAGAUUAGUUAUUAUUUGGUUUUUCGAACGUAUCUGAAGGUCCUCAAAUGAUAAUAGUUUAUGAAACAUUAAUAUAAUAUUGUUAAAUAAUAUUUUAUCAUUAUUGCUUAUUAAAUCUAAUUAGUAUUAGGUUCACAUUGAUUUGAUUAUGAAAUGAAAAGAUCUGAGAACCUGUUUUGUGUUAUAUUACGCAGGACACUGAAACAUAAAAUACAAAAAAUAAUUACGUUUAUAAUUUUAUUUACUUACGUUGCUUAGGUUAUAUUUUAAAUCUACAGAUACAAAUAAAAGUUAAAUUAGGAAUAAAAUAACAUUGCAUAUUUCAUACAUCAUCUAUGAUUAAGAUUUGCUAAGAAGUUAUAUUUUUUUUUUUUAUAUAAAUGGAAUUAUAUAUUUUUUAAGGAUGUAUUAUCAUUUGUCAUAUAAUGUCAUAUAAGUAUUAUAAUAGUCUUCAUGGUAUAAUUACGUGUCCACGAAUUGGAUGAGUGAGUAGAAGUUUGAGAUAGAAUAAGGUCUGUUUCAGUCAGAGCUUUGAACUAUAUUUUUGUCUUGAUUCAGUGUAAUUAAGAAAACUUAUAAUACCAAUUAACACGGUGCUUUGUAUUGUGAAGGCUACAAUAUACAUAAUGGUAUUAUGUAAAGCUAUUUUUAUACAAAAAAUAAAGAAGGUGCAUUUUCUGUUUCUACAUUAA